UUACUGCUUGGGUUGGUGGCUGCUCAUGGCAACCAUGGCUCCCACGGCGCCAUCAAGGAACGUCCCAAGGGCUUGUCGUGGGAAAAAUGGCACAUGUUGGAAGAGCACCGCAUAGAUCAGUUCAGUGCCGAGGUGUUCUUCACCAUGCAUGACAGAGGCUCAGGCUGGGGCCGUGACGAGAUCUUGAACUUGUACGGGAUCAAGGAGACGCCUGGAGACGGGUCUGGAAUGGGAGAGGGUAAGACAGUCAUUUCUGAGCAGGAGAAGGACUACGUUGUUAACACCAUUCUCAACUUGAUGGACACCGACAACGAUCAGAGGGUGUCACUUGCCGAGUGGAAGGCCUAUGUGGGUGAAUUGCCAGACUUUGGCUACGGACAGGGCCACCAUCUUGACUUCGAGGCCGAAUACGAAGAGCAUCACUGGAAGUUGUACCAUGCCAACGACGAUCCAGACGUCAAGAUCAAGCACAAGGAAGACAUCGAGCACGAAUUGCUCCACCAUGAGAUGGAGAUCGAGAGUGGAGAGGGCGGCAAGGCCGUAGAAUGGUACUCGGACAUCAGAAUUGAACAAGUCCCCUUGAAGUAUAGAGCGCAAUGA